GCUUCGGGUGAGUUCGGCAUCGUGGAGCUCUUCCUGCGCAGCCUUUUGGCUCUGGCGAAGGAGUACAGACAGUGGGAGGCGAGGACAAACCUGCCCUGCAGGCCGACGGCUGACGAGCUGCUGCGCUUCCAGAGCGCGACGUGCUGUGAGAUGUGUGGCGGGCCCUUCGGCGAGGAGCGAAGUCGACAGAAAGUCCUGCAUCAUGCUCACGGAAGCGGCAGGUUCUUGGCAGCGGCUUGCUGCUUCUGCAACUUGAAAAUAAAGCUGCCCCAGACCAUCAGCGUCUAUUUUCACAAUGGCGCUUCCUUCGACUUUCACUACAUUCUCCGCUUCCUGGCCUACGAGAGCGGCUACGAACGACACGAGGACUACGUUGCCAACUUCUCUGGCCGCGACCUCGAGGACUCCGACGCGGAAUCGGAGGAAGACGUCUCCUGGUUCGAGGAUCCUUGGCGCUGCGAUCUUUCGAAGGUUCGGCUGGGCGCCCUGGUGAAGAGCGGCGAGAAGUGCUUGAUGCUGGCGUUCGGGCCGCUGCGCUUUGUGGACUCCAUGAACUCGUUCCCGACCAGCCUGGCCUCCCUCAUCGACGACUGCAGAGCCGCGUGUGUGGGAGGAGAUCCUGCGGAUGCCUUUCCACUCCUGAGUGAGCGUCAUCCGCUGUUUGCUGCGGCGGAGAGGCAGGCACAUCCGUGCUUCAUGGCGGUGCAGCGGACGGUGCCCGAGUUCCGCGCGAAGGUGUGGCAGCUCUUGCUCCGGAAGAUCCCCAUGCCCUUCGACGUCCUCACGGAUCCGGGAUGCUGGUCUUGGGAGGCUCUUCUUCCGCGCGAGGCCUACGACAACACGCUCACGGGCGAAGCCUGCUCCGAGGAGAAGUACGAUUCUGUGAAGGAGAUCAUCGACUUCUUUGCUUUCAAGACCUUCGGCGAUUUUCACGACGCGUACCUUUGCACGGACCUCGCGCUGGCUGACGUGAUGGAAAGGUAUCGAGACACGUUUUGGGAGCACUUCCACCUGGACCCCUGCCAGUACGUCACGCAUGCAUCCGCCAGCCACGACGCGGUCUACGAGCUGACGAAGGCGAACAUCAGAGGCGGGCUCGGGCACAUCGCUCAGCCCUUCGCGGUCGCCAACAACCCCGAGGUGCCCGACUACGACCCGUCCGAGCAGCACUCGUGGAUCCUCGUCUACGACGUGAACUCUAUGUAUCCUUCGAUCAUGGAGAAGCCUCUGCCGGUGGAUGGUGGACUUUGGCUCGAGCUUCCGCCGAACAAGAAGGACAGGCUCCGCCGCUUGAACGCCUUCUUCGACGUGGUGGACUACGACCGCGAUGACGAGGACGUAUGCUACAUGGUAGAGGUGACCUACGACGUCCCCUGGUUUAACCACCCCAACGUGGAUUGGGCUCCUGUCAGCAAGAUGCCUGUGAGGAGAUCGCAGCUCAGCCCCUACACCCAAUCCCUGAUCCAGCCCGGGCAGGUGGUGUCGGAGACUCCGAAGCUGGUUCCUUACCUGGGCGUGCACGUCAAGCAGGCCGUGGACCUCCGCUACCUGAAGUUCAUCAUGGAGCACCUUGGAGUUCGCGUCUUCGAUUGCCACAGCAUCGUAGUCUUUCAGUGCCGGCCCUUCAUGCGCGACUUCGUGAGGCAGACUGUGCAGACGCGCCGUCUUCUGAAAGAAACGGGGCGCAAACUCCAGGCCGAGGUUCAGAAGCUAACCGCCAACGUCCAGUACGGCAAGAUGGUUCAGAACCAGGAGAACUUCAGGACGACGCGUAUCUACACGGAUGGCUUGAAGUUCCAGAAGGCGGCUUCUGGACCCCACAUGCUGGACGUGCAUCCGCAGAUCAUGGAGGAGCACGCGUUCAUGGCCUUCAUGGAUGUGCAGAAGGCCGGGAGGGCCAACGUUCUGAAGUCGUUUCUCCAGGGUGGCUGGAAGGUGCUCGAGGAGUCGCGUCUGCUGAUGAUGAAGGCGCACUACAGGAUUCGCCGCGUCUUUGAUGACGGCGAACUCAAGAACGUGGAUCCGGUGGAGGGCUCGCAGAAGCCCCAGGAGAGCUGCACUCGCUGGUUAGGCGGGGACACCGACAGCAGCGUCCUCCAGAUCUUCAGCUAUCGGGACCCGAAGAUCGCUCUGGCCGAGAGCAACCUGCAGGGCGACGGCAUCUUCUUCGACGUCGCCGGCGAUGCGAAGGGCGAGGCUCUGGAGAGACACUUGGCCCCUCUGAGCGAGAGCAGUCGCGAGCUUGCGCUUUCCCGCAGUGGCGCUCUGGGCAACUUCUCGGAUGAGCUGGCUCCUCGCUAUGGAGUGGAGUGGGUGGGCCUGGCGCCGAAGAUGUACUCCCUGACGAAGACUGGUGGCGGGAGCAAAGAGCGGGCAAAGGGCGUGCCGAAGAAGGAACGAGCGAAGCUGGACCACGAUGCGUACAAGGCCAUCCUGGAGAGUGGCGUGGAGCAUCGCGUGGACUUCUGUCGCUUGGGAUGCAGCCACCACAUCAACCAGAUCCUACAGAUCAACAAGCGCGGCCUCACGGCGCUCAACACGAAGGUGUGGCAGCUGGACUCCCAGCACUCCAGGCCGCUGGGGCACUUCUUGAACAACGAUGUCUCGGCUUUGUGCUGGGCUGCUUUGCGGCGAAACUUCCGCCUGAUGAACCACAUCUUCAGCUUCGUGGAUGGUGAGGUCGGCUUCUUGCAUCGCGUGAUUUCGAGCGAUGGUCGGUUCAAGGGCGAGCUUUUCAACACCUGUUACCUCCGGUCGUAG